AAGCCAAGUCCUGCCACUUUGGGGAGAAAUUGCGGGCGGCAAGAUCGCAGGCUUUUUGGGUCCGAAACGGGAUCCUGAUGAGCCAAUGAAUGCCCCCAUAACUGUCCUCGGUGGCGUACAGUACAGAGGGGCGCAGGCUGCUGCAGAGUUACUGUCCUGAGAGCAUGACAACAAAGAAGACAUGGAGAGCAAAGACUGAAGCUCCUGGCUCCUGAAUCCUCUCUGCACGUGUCACACAGAUCACACUCUGCUCUGAAAAGAUGACUUCUGCUACUCCGCCCUGCUCUCGUAGCUCCUCCCCUCACAAAGUCUGCCACUCCCAGACUCAGACAGACGUUUUGAAACCUUUACUGGGCGGCGGCGCGUCUGCCGGGGGCGGGGCCCUGAGGAAGCGGAGGCGCAUCCUCUCCAAAGAUGGCCGCAGCAACGUUCGCAUCGAGCACAUCAGCGGGAGGGGCGCGCUCUACAUGCGUGACCUUUGGACGACCUUUCUGGAAAUGCCCUGGCGCUACAAGUUCUUCCUGUUCACAGCCACGUUCGCCGGAACCUGGUUCUUCUUCGGYGUGGUGUGGUACCUGGUGGCUCUGGUUCACGGAGACCUGCUGGAGUUUGAUCCUCCAUCAAACCACACCCCCUGUGUGAUGCAGAUGCAGACCCUCACAGCGGCCUUCCUCUUUUCUCUGGAGUCCCAGACAACCAUUGGUUAUGGUUUCCGCUGCAUCACAGAGGAGUGUCCAGCUGCUAUAAUCCUCCUCAUCCUCCAGCUGGUCAUCACCAUGCUCAUGGAAAUCUUCAUCACUGGGACCUUUCUGGCCAAGGUUGCACGGCCGAAGAAGCGAAGCGAGACGGUCAAGUUCAGUCAACAUGCUGUGGUUUCCACCUAYGAGGGUCAACCCUGCCUGAUGAUUCGUGUGGCCAAUAUGCGGAAGAGUCUUCUGCUUGGCUGCCAGGUGACAGGAAAACUGCUUCAAACGUCUUUGACGAAGGAAGGAGAAACGGUCCGAUUGGAUCAGAGGAACGUGCCGUUUCAAGUGGACACUUCCAGCGACAGCCCCUUCCUCAUCCUUCCCCUCACCUUCUACCACGUCAUCGAUGACAACAGCCCGCUGAGAGCCUGGGCAGCCAAGGGUGGCGGCUGGACAGACCCAGAACUGGCUGAUUUCGAGCUGAUGGUGAUCAUGAGCGCCACGGUGGAGCCGACCUCCGCCACCUGCCAGGUUCGGACCUCCUACCUGCCGGACGAGAUCCUCUGGGGUUACGAGUUCCCCCCCGUGGUUUCUCUCUCCCAGUCGGGCAAAUACGUGGCAGACUUUUCCUUCUUCGACAAAGUGGCAAAGACUAAGACCACCCCCGUCUUUAAGUCACCCAGCCCCCUGCACGGGUACCAGAGCAACGGAGGUGGGCCCGUGUCCGAGGCGCUGGAUCCCGAGAAGAUCCGACURGAGGAGGGUUACAGGGAGGACCGUGGUCGAGUUAGAGACGGUCCGGUCGGCGUUCGCAUCAGCAACGUGUAAACAGACGAACUGGUUUAAACUGGARAAAACAUCAUGGAAGUCAGGAGCAGUGAAACUGUUGAAAUGUUUUAAUUUUUUUAAAUCAUAAACACAUAAGGGAAACAACGGUGGAACUUCUGUUUGCAAGACAAUACAUGUUAUUCACAGUUUGUUCUAACACAUGACCUAACAGAACRCUCUGGAUGUGAUAAGAUCCUCCUCACACACACUGAAUACAUGUAGAGUUAACCACUGAUCAGACUUUCAAAAGAAACAAACACUAGUUUUCUAGGUGCUUCCCAGUGGGUUAAAUGACUAAAAUAAAACGAAACAGUUGUGUAGUUUUCCACACUUUCAAAAUUGAGACAAAGUAAAAAUAUAAACACCCGCCUAUUUUAAGGAAAGAUUAUUUUGUUCCCCACCUUCAAGUUUGUUCCAUAAUGGAAACUUUUACAAAAAUGGAUAUGUGCUUUAACACACGAGUCAGAUGASACUGACAAGUCUUUUAUGGCAAAACUCAGAGUUUGCACACGUUUCACCCAACUUCCUCUUUGGUAUCAUGUAUAUUUUUACAUUUCUUCUGCAGUAGACUCAAUUCUGUGCAAUUAUUUUGCAUCUGAAAUGUAAUGGAGGUUGUUUGUUCUGAGUAUUACAUUUUUUAUAGAGUGUUUUCACACAGCUGUUUCUAUUUCAUGUAAAUAWACUGUAUUUUAGCACUUUAGGAACAUGAUGUUGCACAUCAGAAUGUUAGCUGAUAAUGUUUGAAAUGUUACAAGAGUAAAAUAUUUUAAAUACCACAGAAUGCAUUAAAAUGUGUACAGAGAUGAUUUUACUAUAAAGCUGCUGUUUAAAACUGGAAAGAAACUUUUUUCACACUUCUACAAGCACCUUAAAUGUAAACAAUCAGCUGRUAAUGACAGGCUGUUUAAUAAAGGAGAAGCAGUUUGUUCAAAUGAUUUUUGAGUUACUAACACUGUGAAAUAAACACUUAAUAAAAGUGCUUCUUAUUUUUCUGUUUAGAUAAAUCUUGGAGCAGAGAGUUCACUGUAAGAUACAAGAAUGUAAAGAUGGUUGUAAUAAAAA